GCCACGGCCACCGUCUCAGUCACUCUCUCUUUACAGUUUUGCUCUCUCUCUCGCCAGAUCGUCGAGGUUAAUCUGUUGUCUUUUUGUUCUUUACUGGCUCUCUCUGCAACUUUGUGAGGAUCUGGUGGGUGAAGUACCCAUCUUUUUAAUCAACAAAGAAAUCGGAAAGAUUCAAAGUUUUUGUGGGCUCAAAGUUUGUAGCCAGAGAGGAGGAGUUGAUGAUCAUGAAGAAGAAACUGGAGGAAAUACGGCCCGAGGGCUCCGUUAAUUACAUCCCCAAGUAUUGUUUUGGAUUUUCCGUGCCAGAGAUUGACAAGAUAAUGUUGGACCGGUUGCCGAAACACCAAAUUUCCAGACUCAAGUGGCCACAAUUUCAGUCCAAGACGUUGCUUGGUAUUGACAGUGCCCAAUGGCCGAUCUGACUGGUAGAUUGCCGGAGGACAUUCUUUCUUCUAUAAUAUCAUUAAUAUCAGUGAGGGAAGCUGCCACUACUAGCAUCCUUUCAAAAAGAUGGAGAUACCUUUGGACGACCUCUUCUAACCUUGACCUAGAUCCCAAAAACAUGCUUGGACUUUUUUUAUGCUUGGACCAUUUCAAAAGCCAGCAUACUGAGUGGAAACAGAAGCAAAAGGGAAGAUUUGUUAGAUGGGCCAACCAUAUUCUGGAACUCUAUGCCGGCAAAAAGAUAGAUUCCUUUAGGGUUGAGUAUCCGUUGGGUAGUGGUCAUGGUUGCGACGUUGAUCGAUGGAUUCAGUUUGCAAUUGGUAUGCAAGUUCAAAGUCUUUCUAUCAACCUGUUAGAACAUUAUUUGUCAGACUUGUCUCGUGAGCUCUAUAAAUUUCCAUAUUGGCUAUUUGAUCAAGCAGGGAGACAGUCAAAGAUAAAACAUUUGUCUUUGAAGUUCUGCAGCCUGAGUAUUCCAGCAAAUUUCAAUGGCUUGAACUCCCUUUCAUCCCUCUCGUUGACAAGGACAAGUUUAAGUCAAGAGAAUGUGGAUAACAUUUUGAAUGGUUGCCCAUCUUUAGAAUGGUUUAGUAUGAGCGAAUGCCGUUGUCCAUUUCAUUUGAAAUUAUCUAGUGGAUGUCGGUUUCUCAGGCUGAGACACUUGAGGAUAUUUCGUUGCGAUCCUUUAGAAAAAGUUGAAAUUCAUGAUGCCUUAAGUAUUGCAUCAAUUGAGUACGAGGCAAUAAUGUUUGGGCAGGUCUUGUUAAAGAACAGUGCACAACCUGUUAGAAUAUGUAUGACUUUGGAUCGUGGUGAUCGUCGAAAUUUGCAAUACAAUCCUAGAAGUCAAAUUACAUAUAUCAUUGGCACAGUUGCGAAAGAGUAUCCUCUACUUGAGACUUUAUUUGUGAUCACUCCAAUGGUCCAGAUUGAUAUAAUACCUAAGCACUUAACUGCAUUUACUAAACUCAAGCGGUUGAAGUUAUUAGGUGUAAGAUUUAGAAAAAUCCUGCUGGAACUGACCUCUGUUUUUUUGGAGGCGGCUCCGUCAUUGGUUGAACUUGAGAUGGAUCUCCUCCUUCCCUGCACUGGUGCAGCGAAAAUAGAGCACCGAAAGAUAGUCAAUGGAGCAGAUUACACAGAGCACAAAAAGAUACCACUUAAAGAAUAUUGUCAACAUCAGCGUCUCAAGGAAGUGAAGCUAAGUGGAUUUCGUGGUUAUACAUCUGAAUUUGACCUUGCCGUACUUUUGCUAAAAAAUGCUCUUCUUCUUGAGAAGAUGAGAAUUGUUCGAGAAACAAUACUUUAUACAGGCGACAGUGAAUGUUGGGUUAUGAAGUUAGACACAGAUCGAAUCAAACAAGAGCAAAUUCUCAAAAUUUUGGGUCCGGAGGUGCCAUCUACUGUUAAUUUAGUACUUGAGUGAUCUUUCCUGUUUCUUUGAUGCCGGAUGAAAAAUAAAGAAUUUGGUCUUUUAAUUUUAUUUGUAAUUCAAUAAUAGGUUUGACCCGAAGUUUUAAGUUAUUAUGUAAUUCUAUAAUGGGCUUAGCCCAAAUCUGUCAACCCUAAUUUUAUUUGUUUGUCUAUUUAAAUGUUUUUUGUAACAAUUUUUAAAUGAAUGGCGAAUUAUAAUCUUUGUGUGAGAAAUUUUUGUAAGAGAUA